GAGAACUUGUUUGACUAGCGUAAGAAUAAGAACUAUGUGUUAUUAGGUAUAAACAACAUGGCGGUCUCCGUUGCUACCAAAGCUCAAUUUGUUUAAAAAUAAUUUAUUUUUAUGAAAACAAAUGACUGACACAUUAAAGCGAUUACAUAUUGAGUUUAUUUUCAAGCCAACGUAUAUGAAAUAAUACAAAUUUGUUUGUAAACAUGCAUAAGCUAAACUCUGAUAGGAAAACCAAGAAAAAUGUGAGCAUGCACAUUGGUCAAAAAUCCUCGUUGGCCGAGGAUCAACAAAAUGGUGAAGAUAACAAUCAAUUUUAUCUUGGAGUCGAUCCAGAUCUUUCUAAAGAUGAAGAAAUAGUAUUCCACAAGGAUAAGAGGACUGUGUCUCGGACGUCUAUGUCUGCAAAGUCCAGAAAGUCGUUGCAGAGUGGCCGGGUGUCUGAGGGUGGUGAAAAUAUUGUAAGGUCUAGAGGACGACCUAUAAAACCCCAUGAGACUGAGCCAUUUCUCUCCAUUGACAAUUUACCACCAGAAAAAUCCUUUGUUUCAGACAAAUCUGCUUUUACUGCUAAUACAGGUCAUUCACGAGCAUCAAAACCACUGCAACAAGCACGUGAUGAAUCUCUUGAUGCCCAGCUGCAAAGAAUGUCGGCAUACAUGACACCGUAUAGCCAACAGACACCGGCACCUCCCAGCCCUAGUGUUGUGACAGGUCACCUUUACACAAAUCGUGCUCGGUCAUCAGACGGACGGAGAAGCAGUCCUCGUAAAAGCCAAAGAUCGAGACCUGGCACUGAAUCGGCUCAGACCCCUGUGCAGAAAACGCCUGAAAAACUUACUACCAUUGAAAAUGAUGAAUCAGAUGCAGUACCUAUUAAUGACCCAAAUUCAGAAAAUUUACCAAAAGAGAAAAAUGACUUAACUGGGUCAAUUACAGAUGUUUCGGAAAUCAAAAAGUCGAAACUUUCUCGACCAAUUUCAGCUCCAGCUGUUGGAUCUACUUCAGAGAGUAAUAGUAAAAAAAUUCGGCCAGGGUCCGAAAAGUCGGGUCCAGUUUCAAGGCCAGGAAUAGGGUCUAUAAGGUCAAGAGUCAGCAGUGCUAGGUCAAGGUCAGGGGCUGGAUCGAGGGCUGGACAAAAUGUGUUUGGUAUUAGGAGCGUGCAGUCUCGAGCAGGAAGGAUAACUCCGGCAAACACGCCGUACCACUCUCCGAACAAGCUGUUACGGCCACCUAAUCAUCAUGUGAAGACACCUUUCAAGCAUGCAGUCAAUCAGCCGGAGUUUGGCUUGGAUGGGAGACAGACGCCAUCUAUGGGGAUGAAAGAGAGAACUGCAAUGGCUGCCUUUCAUGUUCACAAGAUGCUGUCUGUGGCAGGUGAGAAAGGACCCCAUAAAGUGACAGGAAGACUUCAGAAAGGAAAGCUUAAGCCACUUUAUCCAGUCAAUGUUAAUGGUCCUACAAUUGAUAAAUGCCGUGGAAUUGUGUCAGAAACUAGGUCAUACCAGCCAUCACCCAGCCGUACCCUUCAACGACGGGUAAAUCUAAUGAACCAGAUACCAAAUGUCCACGAGUAUCUUUACGAUCGACCAAGGACGGUGGAGUCUGUGCAUCAAACGUCUAUAGCCUCUAGUAUAGAUGAAAACUUUGAUGUGGAAGCUCUAGAUUCAAACCGGAGUCUACCAGAUGAGAUUUUGUACAGACAGGAUAAAUCUAUUCUAGAGCCGAGAGCCCCCGAGAAUACAUUCCUUCCUGAGUCAACACAAGACGAAAUUAUAGAUGGUGUACAGACAAUGGGUAUGCAUGUCUCUCCAAGAAUGUUUGCGACCGAAAUUGGGACAAAAGAUGAUGAUUCCGCAACUGUAACGGAUAUGACCGUACCAAGUCAGGUGCAGCAUGAGCUUCAUCUGAGUGAUUCCGGUACAACGUUACAAGAGACGGAUGAUGUGAUAACUGAUGAUAAAAAUAACAGCAACCAAAAAGACUCUGAUCCAAAACAAUCAAACGAGCAAAGAGCACGUAUUGGUAGUCCGUCAAAAUCUGUCCGGUUUGCCGAGCAAAGGAAAAAAUUACAGGAACCAGAAAACAGCAAAGAGAUUAAGCAAUUGGAGAACGAGAGUAUUGCUCAACAGCAAAGAGAUUCCGGUGGUAGAGUGGCGGAGAGUCUAACAGAUAUAGGAAAAGAAGGUGAUGUAGAUGAUAGUGCAAUUGAAACUGUGAGUAGGAAAAAUAAACAGAAUUCAAAAGGAUCAUGUAAAGAUGAUGAUGACGAUAAGAUAAUAUUUAAAAAAGAUGAUAAUGAUGAUGAUGACAGCAGAGGGGGUUCAAAAGAUGACAAUAGGAAAAGUACUGACAAUAGUAGGGUAGGUAAUACUAGUGAAAAUAUCAGUGGGACUAAAGACAAUGGUGAUAACAAAGAAAAUGUCUCUGGAAAUAGUAGUGGUCAGAAACGACCAAUAUCUAGUUCUCAGACAAGAUCUCUCUCAUCAGAAACUAGACAAAGGUCAAGGUCAAAAGAUAGAAGUGAUAAACAAAGUGGAAAAAAAUUGCAAGUACGCAAAUCUGAUCCAAGCACACCAAAUAGUAAAAAACAAGACUCAAAAAGUGGACGUUGUUCAAGGUUUGAGCAAUCAAAGGCUAGCAAAAGUCAUACAAAUACCUUAGAAGUCUCAUCAGUUCUUCAUGGCAACAGAGUUACAACAGUCCUUGGUCCUGAGAGCCCUAAAAGGGGUCGUAGUAGAUCAGUAAGUCCAAACAGGGGUCAAAACCAAACAUUCCAAUUUUUUUCUCAAAAGAAUAUACCCUGUUUUGAAGAAGUUGAUGAUUUUAGUAGUCUCUAUGGCAACAGUCAUAGGUCAAAGGUCAAAUUCUUGUUAGAAGGUGAAGAACCUGAGGUUGAAACAAUAUUUGUAGAAGAUGAAGAUGAUGUUGAUAUCAAACCGGAAAGAAAGAUAACUUAUGAUGUUUUAGAUACAGAAAUUGAUAUGCUAAGAUCAGCAAUUCAAAACUCAUUGGUCGGUUGCAAUGAAGAGGUAAAGGAAGAAACUGAGAGUUUAAAUGUCAGUGAAGAAGAAGAAGAAGACACUGAGAGCGCUGAAGAUGUUUUAAGUGAAAGUGAGACUAUUCCAUUGGAAAUAGAAACUGUUGAUACAAUCAGAGGAGAUUACUCUAACCUGCUAGAAAGAUAUCGUCAACGUUGCAUGGAUAGAAGUGAGAGCUAUGGUGCUAUCAGUACAACACUAGUCACCCCAAGAGAGACACAAACUUUAACUUCUAGUAGGUCAAGAUCAUUAGGUAAUGAAGGACAUAACAAUGCUUCUAUAAAUAGAAAUAAUAAUGGUAGUGAAACUCCACCCUGUUACAAAAUUGUAGAUGAUACUAAGGCUUUAAAUACAACAAUGCUUAGUGACAGUGGACACGGUUCAGUUGACAAUUUAUCAGAGUUAUCUCGUUCAACAAGUCAGGCAAGGUCAGAUGUGCCAAAAUUAGAUUUAGGAGGAAGCUCAAGUGACCUUGGCCUUGGCUCAGGUCGUAGUGAUGUCACUGUUACCCCUGGUGAUGGAGAUGAAACUGAAGAUGAUAAAGGGGGAAAAACCUUGCUAGAACUGGUAUGCGACCAGUUGUCUCCUAUUGAGCAACGUCAAAAACCUGCCAAGCGGCGAGAAAUAAUCAGAGAGAUAAUGUUAAAACAUAGACAACAGAGAGAGGAAGAUGUUUCGGGUUUGAAAGUGGUAGCCACUACAAAGUCACUGUCUAAGAACAGCAAAGUGAAGAGUUCAAGCUCUGGUUCCAUUCAGGCACCGUUCCCACCUGUCUGUUUUAAAAUCAAUGCAAGACCACCAAAAGGUUACCUGUAUUAUUUUGCAUAUGGACCGGAUAUGAAUCCAAACAGGUUUAGCAGUUAUAUACAAAGAAGCACACAAGAUCGAUACUGGGGACUACUUUUUGGCUUCAACCUUGUGUUUAACAAAAGAGGAACGAGCGAGGAAGCGGGAGGGUUUGCAAACAUUGAGUUUAAUCCUCUGAGAUCAGUGGAGGGCUGUGUAUACAAAAUUACCCAACAAGAGCUUAAAAUCCUCGACCAAUGUGUUGGAUAUCCUCAGCAUUAUGAGCAUCUAGUAUUACCGGUUUGGUUGUCAAACAGCCUGGAACCAGACAAUCUUGGUGUAGCGCAAUACUGUGUCCCAGCUCUUACGUACAUUGCUCAGAAUAAGUGGACAGAAACAGAUAAACCGUUAAAUAGUGACUACGCAUUGUCCCAGUGUAUAAAGAGUGCUGACAUAGUUACCACAGCAUACAAAGAUUCUUUAGUUGCCAUGGCAUCACAACAGGAAGUGAUGGCAUCUGCUUGAGGCCUUGAUUUCGGUCUAUGUUCUUACCGUCUGAUCGAGACUGUAUACUAUUCUUAAAACAAAUUUCAAUGUUAAUUUUUGUGAACACAGGAUGAAAAUCUGUCAGUUCUACUUUAAUUUAUAUAGGUUAAAUGUUACACAACAUACACAUAAAUAACUGGCCAGUUUCUGUUUGUGUGUAAUAUAAGCUUUGCUUUUAAUAGCUUUGAAAUAUGCUAAAACGUUUUUGCUAAUUUUUUUUUAACAUAUAAAGUUUACUUAUCAAGCAGUCACAUACUAUAUUGUUUCCUUAGUGUAGUAACGGGUUAACUCUUAUUAAAUUGUAUAAGGAGUUACCCCAUUACUGCACUAAGGUGAGGAUUUAGGUAGUCACACUUGAUAAAUUUAUUCAAGAUGAUGUUUAAGUAUAUAUAUAUAAGAAGAAGUAAGACAAAAUUCCAAUUCAUACAUUAUAUAAUGUUGUUGAAUCAUUGGAAUCAUUUAAA